AUGCCGGUGCUCCCACUGCCUAACGGUAAUCCAGAUCCCACACCCAUCUACACCGACAACAACAACAAUAAUCAUAACAGCAAGAAGACCGCCUUCAAGGACAUGCUUCGACAACGACAGACCGCCCUUCGCAAUAACAGGAAUAAUGCGUCUUCCUCCGACACUCACUCACGACGGUCGGGGGCGUCUGCAGGCGGCGGCGGUAGUGGUGGUGGUGUUGUGCCGAAUUAUGGGGGCAGAGGCUAUUACCCGCCACCUCACCAGCACAUGCAGCAACAGCAGCAGUUCCAGCCACAGUUCCAGCCACAGUUCCAGCCACAGUUCCAGCCACAGUUUCAACCACAAAAUCAUCAUCAACAGCAUCAACAGCAUCAACAGCAGCAGCAGCAGCAACAGCAGCAGCCGCAUUAUGCAGAUCAGGAGAGGGGAAUAUCUCUGCAGUCGUUGCGCGAGGAAGCUUCGAAUCAGGGUCAAUGGCACCCGCCACCACAGCAGCAUCCACUGCAGCAACAGCAGCAACAACCCGUCGGUCAUAACACCUUCAACAGCAGCAACAACAGAGCGCAGCAUGUCAAUGGUGUCCAUGAUGCUCCUCAGGGUGGUAUCAUUAUCCACGGACUUGAGCAGUUAACAACACAGCGACAACAGCAGCAACAACAACACCAGUCGCAGGGAAGCGAGCCAGAGAUCUUCACCAAGAAUUGGAACCAAGGACAACAGUCCGGCAUAGAUACACAAGCAGUGAAAAAUAACAACAGCAAUCAUACCACUGGCCAGGACAGUAACAACAAGGGUGGCAGCCCAGUCAAUCAAGACGCCUAUGAUCUCCGCGAGAUGCUGCUCCAACAGCGGUCCUCGAACGGAAAGCGACAGAGUCAGGAUGAUAGCGGAGGACCUCCUCCCAAGAGCCAAGCCAAGGUCGCCAAGAACCAAGCCAAGGAUGCUCACAGGAACAGGGUAGAGGACCCUUCUUCGUCUUCUUCUUUGCAGAGCGGGCCAACAGGAAAUUCAGCCCCAUCGGGAGCACCCGAAUCGAAAAAGACAGCCAAGCAGCAACAGCAACCCUCCAUAACGCUCGUCACCUCAAGCUCUCUCGCUUCCUCCAUCUCAGCACCUCUCCUCAGCCCUACCACAACUCGGAUGAAAAGCACCACUUCCAGCAACGGCAACAACUUCCCGACGACGACGACGUCGAUAAAGCUGAGUGUCAUCAAUACCUCUGCAUCAUCAAAAUCCUCAGCAGCCGGAAUGUCCUCGGAAGGACUGCCACUCUCGACAAAGUUUAGCAAGAUCUCGUCGACAUCUCUGCCGUCAUCACCCAAGACUGGUACUACCACUGAUUACCCCACUGCACCUGUGUCGACGAAGCCAUCGCCCAAGUCUACACCUACUACGUCUGUGUCCGCUAAACCGGCAGCACAGCUCUCUGUCUCACAUGCAAGCGCUUCACCAACCUCCUCAAACGCCACAGCACCCGCCAAGCAAACUGAAUCGGGCGCCAAUGGCAGCAGCGCCUUUGACGGGAACAUUACUCGAGAGGAACAAUUGAGACAGCAGGUUCAGGCGACUCUCCAGAAGAAGGCUGCCAACCAGAGCGACAAGAAGAACGAGGUCAAGUCAGCACCCAUUAUCUUAUCGACAGCUCGCAAGGCGCAGCCGGAAUCGAAUAGUGAGGGCCAGACACAUCCAGCGAAGCGACCCAAAACUGGAAGCAGCAGCAUUAACAGCGGGAAAGAUGCCGUUGUGGGUCUCAGUCUGGAGGCGAUACGAGUUGAGCGUGCGGCGCUGGACGCUUCCGCGGCACUGACAACUUCUCCUGCCACCACGAGUACCACUUCUACUAGUGCUACUACCGGUGGAUCUGCUGUGACAGGUAAUUCAGGAGCAGGAAGCGGAGCCAAUGGUGGAUUGUCGUCACACGAGAGCAAUGCAAUGGCACCUCGUGACCGGAACCAAUCGUCUGAUCCCCAGUAUGGCCAAGUCAGCAAGGACAGUACCGAGGACAGGACAAAGGAGAGCAGUAGUUCAACAACACAUCAGGAAUCGAGCCGAGGACAGGACAGAUCUGAUUCGCGCAGCAGCACAUCUAAUCGGGAUCGGGAUGCAGGCCGAGAGUCGGACAGAAGCUAUACACGGAGGCAACCGUCGCCACGUUCGCAGGGCCGUGGAAGUGGAGGGUAUGACCGUGACGGAGAUCGCGGGUGGUAUGAUCGUGGUAUGGAUCGUGGAGGGAGCGAACGCUGGGAUGAUCGAGGAUAUGAACGGCGGGAUGAUAGGGGCGGUGGAUAUGGUCGUGGUGGUUACGAUUCUAGAGGGUAUGAGAGGGGAGGGGACUAUGGGUACAGUCGAUACGACGAUGUGAAGACGAGUGACAGGAGAAGGGAUGGGUCGAACGAUAGAGGAGCUAAUCGGUCAGGGGAUAGAUCAGGAACGGAUAGGACAAGCGACAGAGACAAGGCGGCUGCAGAUCGAGCACCUCCACCACUACCAACAUCGAGCGAUAAGAAGGAAACCAAGGGGAGUGAAAUUGAAAGUCGGGCAGAGCAGGGUCGUGACCAGCAGAAGCAGCAGCGGAGCAGCGACAAACCGGCGGCGGUUGACCGGGUAACGACAACAACGACAGGAAAGGAUGCUAACAGCAAAAACAGCGCAACUAAGAAGGACGGCGUACAAGUUGAAGGAGGGGCAGUGGCGGCGGUGACAGGAGUUGAUUCGCUAAAGAAUGUGGAUGUAGUCAUGACCGACGUCAAGGCUGAGCCGGUGACGCCUUCGUUGCCGCAGGCGCCUGAGGAGCCUCCAAUUCUCUUUGCUGCUGCAAACCGGUUGCAGGCUGAACUCAAUUCAUCACCAUCUGGCCAACCUCAGCAGCAACAGCAGCAGCAAGGGACAAGCGCUGCGGUGGACGCAGGAGUUACACUCGAUGACGAAGCGCCUAUUCUAUUUGCUGCUGCGAACAGGAUCCAACAACAACAACAGCAGCAGCAGAUUCAGCAGCAGAUUCAGCAACAGCAACAACAAGAACAGCAGCAACUAGAACAGCUCCAGCAGCUUCAACAGCAGCAGCAACAACAACAACAACAACGCGACCUCAACCAACAGUUGGAGAUCGAGGCACAGCAGCGCUAUCAGUCAAUGAAGGACGCUGCUACGAAGCAACUGGACGAUGAUGCUCCUAUUUUAUUCUCGUCUGCCAAUCGACUCAAUCAGGACCUGGGGUCGCCUAUCUUGUUCUCAGCUGCGAGUCGGAUGAUGAACAACGGGAUCCCUUCCUCGUCUGCGACAUUCCCUGGAAGCUUGACUACCCAACAUACCACCAAGCUACCCUCGCAGAUGUCCCUUGGUGUUGCCGGCCCCUCCCCGUUCAUGUUCUCUUCCUCGACCAUGGCGUCACAAGGCCCAGGACCUGGAUCCAUCUCAGCAGCAACAACACCCUCUAACCUUGGCCUCAACCACCAGAGCCAACCACCGCCAUCAUCCUCAUCGUCCUACUCACCAACCUACACCCCAACCAGCAGCUUCAACAUGGUCAUGACCCCACAGGGCGAGAUCGGCAAGAGCGACAUGUCGCUCGCCUUUGAAGUUAUGGACCGCUGCACAAUCGACCUCCUCCUCCUCCAACAGCGCUACGCAACCGUUACCUCCCGCCUCACAGAGGUCACUGCCAAAGCCCUCGAAUCUGACGCCCGCCUUGCUCAGCUUGGUGCACAGAUGGAACUGGAACUGAAGAUGAGUCGAGUCCAUCAUCAGAUGAAGAAUGGAUUUGAGCAGCAGCAGUUACCGGAUUUGCAAAGGAUGAUGAAGUCGACCCAGGAGUUGAUCUCGAGGUUGGGGCAUCUUUCGACCAGUGCAGCUGCAGGGUCUGCGACGGCGGUUGUUGUGCGGCCGCAGUUGAGGAUGGUGCCUGCUGUUACUAAUGGAGGUGGAGGAGUAGGAGCUGGAUCGACUGGAACUGGUAACCCUUCUGCGGUAGCCCUGGCGCUCGACAGGUUGGCGCAAACAGGACAUCACACCCUUUCUACCACAACAGCAGCAACAGCAGGAGCGGCAUCAACGGGCGAUUCACUUGGGGACGUGCGAUUCUCAGGAAUGGCAACCGUCAACAACAGCAAUACCAACAGCGGCAGCAACAUGGAUAUCGACAAUGGAAGCGAAGCCUCAUCCACCAGGAGUCCAGGAACAACAACAGGAGCAGCAACAGCACUCGGCACUGGUACUGUUUCAGCCUCAGCGACGGCUACGGCCAUGGCGACAGAAGAGACGGUGGUGGUGAUACGACCAUGCCUGUCGUUCAACAUUGCACCGAAAGGAUGUCGGUUCCGAGCCAGUAACCACCCUUGCCCUUACCUCCACACCUGUCUCUACUGUGGGUCUUCGAGCCAUGCUGUCAUGCAUUGCGAUUACACUUCGGCGGAACCUUCCCACGACAACUUUUUUCGAUAA